AAACCACUGAGCUAAAUCUCCAGCCCCCUUAGAUAUAUUUUGAAAGUAGAACCAUCAGAUUUUGCUGGCAGAUUAAGGUAGCCAUGAGAAAAGAAGAGAAAAGUUAAGAAUGAGUCCACGGUUUUGUGCCUGAACAAUUGAAAGAGUUGAAGUUCCAUAAAGAGAGCUGGAAAUUUGUGGGUAGAGGUUUGUUUUUUGUAUAAUUGGGGCUGUGGCAACAAGGGGGAAUUUUGGAUAUAUUAAGUAAGCUAUCUUUAUUAGAGAUUCAAGUGGAGAUAUCAAGUAAACAGCUAAAUCUAGAGUUCAGGAAAAUAGCUGCACUGAAAAUACACAGUUGGGAGUCAUCUGCCUGUGGAUGCAAUUAAAGUCAAGAGAGUAGAUAACAUUACUAAAGGGUUAGUGUCAGUAGAGAAGAGAAUAAUAACUAAGUUUUGGGGCAUACUAUAACAUUAAAAGGUCAGGAAACAGAGACUGACAAGGAGCAAGCAGAGGGAUAAGAAAACCAAGAAGGUAUGGUGUCCUGAAAGACAAGGGAAGGAAAUGUGGAAAAGAGGAUGUAGUGAUCCAGUGUGUCAGUUGCCUCUGAUCUGUCAAGGAUGCAGGAUUCAGUAACAUGCAAGUUACAGGUCACCUUCCUGAGAGUCAAGUCAGUAGUGUGGUGGGACAGGAGCUGAUUAAAGAGGACAGAGUCAGCAGAAUCUAGGACAGCCAGAUGGCUGAGGAAAGAACCAGGAGAUCUAAGUCCUUGAGAUUAAAGAGCAACUAAAGCAAAAGGUCAUCACCCUCCCCCUGUUGUUGAUAAAAUGUUAAGUGUUUCACAAAUAUUCCUUUACAUACUUAUCACUAUAGUUUGGGUGGAAAAUCAAAGAUAAAUGACAGUUUUCUUUCCUCUCCCCACCUUUUUGAUGCUUUGUGAGGACAAAAAAAUCUGUAAGUUAAGUGUUUUUAUUCCAAACAUGAGUAAACUGUUCAAGCUAAAAGCUUAGUGAUUCACUGGCUUUGUGGAUUUGUCUGCUUCAUUUAAUUCUCUUGUUAGCUAUUUUCCUUGAUGGCUGUUUUCUACUUAUAAAUUGAAACUUAUUUCCAUAUUUGUGACACAGUUAUUUCUGCAAGUUUGGCCCAGUUUCUUAACCCAGAGACAUUUUCCUUUUUAGUGAAUGCUGUGAAUGUUUUAGAAAGUAGUUCAUUGUGGGUCAGAGAUUUAGCUCAGUGGUUCCGCCGCCUGCCUCAGAAGCACAAGGUCCUGAAUUUGAUCCCUGGUACCAAAAAAAAAAAAGUAGUUCACUUUCCUCUUAGGUUUUAUUUAAGGACAGAUUUUUUUUCCUCAUUUCUUUUCAAAAUUAUUGCUUAACAGUGGGAGAAGAGAGGACCAAUAAUGAUAGGAGAGAGAAAGUGUUUCCCUCAUUUUGAAUUGCUAGGAUUUUCUUCUAAGUAUAAAAUAUUGUCAGGUUCUGUUUUGUGGGUUGGAUGUUCCAUGCUGAUCCUUUAUAGAGGAGGACUCAGAGACAUUCAAGCCAUACUUACACUCAGGAGAAAAGAACAUCUGGAAUUACUUAUCUCUUCUAAUAUUGCAUUUCUGUCUUUCAAGACUCCAAUCAAGUACUGCUCACAUCAUGGAGUGCCCUCUCAUUCUUCUGUCUCUAGGAACUUGGAAAGAAGAGUUUCAAAAAUGAUAAAUAGGCCACCCAUCACUACCAACUACAGAUGACUCGCCAUUUGGUUUACAAAGAUGUCGUCAGCUGCUGAAAAUGGAGAUGCAGCACCUGGAAAACAAAAUGAAGAAAAAACCUAUAAAAAGACUGCAUCAUCUGCUAUUAAAGGUGCUAUUCAGCUGGGAAUAGGAUACACAGUGGGGAAUCUCACUUCCAAGCCAGAACGAGAUGUUCUCAUGCAAGACUUUUAUGUGGUGGAAAGUGUGUUCCUACCCAGUGAAGGGAGCAAUCUGACCCCAGCACAUCACUACCCAGACUUCAGAUUUAAGACAUAUGCUCCACUAGCAUUCCGAUACUUCAGAGAACUUUUUGGUAUCAAGCCUGAUGAUUACUUGUAUUCCAUCUGCAGUGAACCACUAAUAGAGCUGUCCAACCCUGGAGCCAGUGGAUCCUUGUUUUUUGUGACCAGUGAUGAUGAAUUUAUCAUCAAAACAGUUCAGCAUAAAGAAGCAGAGUUCCUCCAGAAGCUACUGCCAGGCUAUUACAUGAAUUUAAACCAGAAUCCCAGGACUCUUUUGCCAAAAUUUUAUGGCCUGUAUUGCAUGCAGUCAGGGGGCAUCAACAUCAGGAUUGUGGUGAUGAACAACGUCUUACCGCGCUCAAUGCAAAUGCAUUUCACAUAUGACUUGAAAGGCUCCACCUAUAAGCGAAGAGCAUCCCGAAAGGAGAGGGAGAAAUCCAGCCCCACGUUUAAGGACUUAGAUUUCCUUCAAGACAUGCAUGAAGGGUUGUAUUUUGAUACAGAAACAUACAACGCACUCAUGAAAACACUCCAGAGAGACUGCCGGGUGCUGGAAAGCUUCAAAAUCAUGGACUACAGCCUUUUGCUGGGAAUCCACAUCUUGGACCAUUCCCUUAAAGACAAAGAAGAAGAGUUCUCACAAAACGUGCCUGAUGCAAAGCGGCCAGGGAUGCAGAAAGUCCUCUACUCGACAGCCAUGGAAUCCAUCCAGGGUCCAGGAAAAUCUGGAGAUGGGAUCAUUGCAGAGAAUGCAGACACGAUGGGAGGCAUUCCAGCUAAAAGCCAUAAGGGAGAAAAAUUGCUCUUAUUUAUGGGCAUUAUUGAUAUUCUACAAUCAUAUAGGUUAAUGAAGAAGUUAGAACAUUCUUGGAAAGCUCUCGUGUAUGAUGGGGACACUGUUUCAGUUCAUAGACCAAGUUUUUAUGCAGACAGAUUUCUAAAGUUUAUGACUUCCAGAGUUUUCAAGAAAAUUCAAGCUUUGAAAGCCUCACCUUCUAAAAAAUGGUCCAAUUCUAUUGCUGCCUUAAAGGCAGCUUCACAGGAGAUUGUGUCCUCGGUUAGUCAGGAGUGGAAGGACGAGAAGCGCGAUUUGCUGACUGAAGGACAAAGCUUUAGCAGCCUUGAUGAAGAAGCUCUGGGAUCUCGACACAGGCCGGACUUGGUGCCUAGCACUCCAUCACUGUUUGAAGCUGCUUCCUUGGCAACCACUAUUUCAUCUUCUUCCUUAUAUGUCAGUGAACAUUGCCCACAAGACAGGACAACACUGUAUUCAAACAGUAAAGGGCUGCCUUCGAGUUCGACCUUCACCUUGGAGGAGGGGACCAUCUACUUGACUGCGGAGCCCAACACCGUGGAAGUACAGGACGACAAUGCCUCUGUGCUUGACGUCUAUUUAUAAAUGAAAAUGGUAACCGCCUAAGCACAUGGGUGAGUCCUGAGCACAGAGUGGGAGAGAAGUUUCUCUACUGCGGCAUUCUCCAAAGGAACAUGGCUGAGCCCCCUCUACACACAGUCAAAUUCAACUGGACUUAGAAGUUUGAGAAAUGUCAGGGAAGCGUUGGUCCACGUGCUGAUCAGCAGACGAGAUGUGAAAAACCCCACACUAUUCCAUCACUUACUGUUGCUUGCUGACUGUGAAGAACUGCAUGACCUACAUUUAAGCUGCUUUCUAUACCAUUGCCAAUCACUCUUUUGGACUUGGAAGUGCUAUUUUCCCAUAGACUCUCACAUUAUUUGAUUUUGCAUGCAUCCAGUGAUUAUACAUAUAUAAUUUGCUUAUUUUUUUUUUAAAUACAUCCAUGCAAGAUGAUGAUAAGGUAUAAAUUCUGCUCUUUUCACAAAAUUAUAAUCUUAUUCCAUGUCAUUAAAGUUUAAAUUGGUUUCAUUUAAAGAUCAAUGUACUCGGUCUGCCUAUACUUUAUAGAAAAUUAGCUUCUAUAAAGAUUUUUUCACUGUUUACUAGUGAAAUGAGAAAAGCAAAGCUAUUUAUAAAAGGCCUUAUGUCGUGUACAUACAUUGUCUUUGAAAUACCUGUGAUUAGUUUAUUGCUUGUAAAAGAAAUUAUAUAAUUUAUUUAGUAAAUACUACUGUAAACUAUAGUUUUAUUGAAGAAAUAAAAUAUUUUGUUCUCAA